UGAUCUAAUUCAAAUGUCUGAAUCAGUUGAUGAAAUCAGAGCGAAAGAAAAAGCCAGAAUAGAAAAGGCGUUAUUGAUAAUACAUAUUGAGACCAAAAGAAGAAGUGAGCUCGUUCGACAACAAAUAAGGCGGUCUUGUGAAGCAGUAAAUGCAAAGAAGAUUGAAUGUUUGAAAAGUUUACCAGGAGUAGAUAAAAAUCUGACAUUUGACGAAUAUUGCCAAAGGUAUGGACUUGAGGAUAAUACCGACUUUGAGACAAUAUUUCGACAAAAGGAACUUGUUCGAAGUCAAGAUUUAAACACGAAACAAAAUUUAAGCCAAAAUAAUGAGUUGAUUGAGGAUUCCAAAAAUAAAGAAGCCCAAGAUUCAUUCGUACAGAACCAACUUCCUGAAGAUGUUACGAAUAAACCUACGAACAUGGAGUCGAUUAAAACUGAGGAAGUUCAAAUAGCAUUACACAAUGAAUUGCAGUCCGUAGAACCACAGUCUGUUUUAACAAAUCCAGCCGUAAAGAAACGAAUAGAAGAGGCGCAUGAUCUAGUUAUCAAAAAAAGCAAAAAGAACCACGAAGAGAUACCACCAAAUCAUGGCGCUGGACCAUUGUUUGUACACUUUGAAAGUGAGGAUCACGCAACAGUCAGUAUUUGCUUGGAUCCAAACCGUGUCGUGACCGGAAAGUUCAAAGUUAAUGCAACAACAGAUAUAUUAAAACACUGGAAUGAGACCCAACGCGCUGCAGUCCGUGAUCAAAUCCAGGAUUUGCAAGAUCAGCUCACGCAAUUAAAGGACGAACUUUUAUAAAUCCACAAAACUAUACACAUAUUGUAAAUAACAUUAAAAAACACAUUGCAUACUUUUUAAAAAAAAAUACACAAACAAAUGGCGAUUGAAAACAUCUUGAACAAGGACGUCUGUGAAGUAUUCUCAAUUAAAAUUUAGAACAACGCCAAAUUGAUUUCAGACAGACUUAGAAGAUAACCCAAGCUAGUCUUAAUCCUGUAUCGAGACACGUACCUUAUGAUUGCUUUAAUAGUGUCUUUUAAUCCUGUCAAAUAAAUUGUUUUUUAGGAUA